UCUUUCUUACCAAACACUACACUUCUCAUUAACAUUCACAUCAAACGGUCUUCAUAUGCUAAAAACCAAUUACCAAACACCAAUGGCCUUUUCUUCUUCAACUUCAGUGUUAUUAUUGGUGCUCAUAUCUGCUAUGCUGAGCUCUUUCAUUUUUCCAUCUGCUGCUAACUUAUACCAACACAUUGAUCUCACUUGGGGCGAUGGCCGUGCUAAGAUACUCAACAACGGCGACCUUCUUACCCUCUCCCUCGAUAAGGCCUCUGGCUCUGGCUUCCAGUCUAAGAAUGAAUAUCUAUUCGGAAAGAUUGAUAUGCAGCUCAAGCUUGUCCCUGGAAACUCUGCUGGCACUGUCACCGCCUACUACUUGUCAUCACAAGGCCCAACCCAUGAUGAGAUAGACUUCGAGUUCUUGGGGAACUUGAGUGGCGACCCUUACAUUCUUCACACCAAUGUGUUCAGCCAAGGCAAGGGCAACAGAGAGCAGCAAUUCUACCUUUGGUUCGACCCAACUGCCGAUUUCCACACCUAUUCCAUCCUCUGGAACCCCCAACGGAUUAUAUUUUCAGUGGACGGUACACCCAUUAGAGAGUUCAAGAACUCGGAGUCAAUUGGUGUACCAUACCCGAAGAACCAACCAAUGAGGAUAUACUCGAGUCUGUGGAACGCGGACGACUGGGCCACAAGGGGUGGGCUGGUGAAGACUGACUGGACUCAAGCACCCUUCACAGCUUCAUACAGGAACUUCAAUGCCCAUGCUUGCACCUGGACUUCUGGUGCAUCUUCUUGCACUUCGAAUUCUCCGUCUAGCAGCAGUGCAUGGCUAACAGAAGAGUUGGACUCCACAAGCCAGGGUAGGCUGAAAUGGGUGCAAAAGAAUUACAUGAUAUACAAUUACUGCGCGGACACAAAUCGAUUUCCUCAAGGCCUUCCUCCAGAAUGUGCAAGCACUUAAUUAAGGAGACUGCAUAUAUUGUUUUUCCCAUGGCUAUAUAGCCUUCUUAUUCUUGUUUAUAGGAUAUACAAUUCGAUUCUUUUAUUCUUUGUAAUCAAAUAUUGUUUUUGCUCAAUAAAGGCAGGCAUAAUUAUCUCUUCGUAUAAAAUGUUUUUUUUUUUUUUUUUUUUUUUUUGGGGGGAAAGGUAUCUCUCCAUGUAAAAUGUUACAUGAGUAACAGGGGUAUACAAUUUAUUGUCCAAUUCAGAAUGGGAUUGAUUCAUUACAAGUAUGGUAUUUAAUUGUAACUAGGAUUGAAGCAUACUGAACUAAUUAGAGGUAU